AACCUAGCCGCGCACGAUCCACCGACCCACACCAAAACACAAACAUAUGAAAGAUGACCACCGAAACCCGCAUCGCCUCGAUCAUUCUAACCUCGCGAUAAAAAAAAAUCAGCGCCAUAACGCCGAAGGAAAAAUGAAGCUCCCAAGACAUCCCGACUCAUAAUACCGUCUCGCUUACAUCACGCCAAACCCGUCGUAAGUCUCCCGAGUAAUCCACGAGACACGUCAGAGUAGCAGCCGGGAGACAAUGCCUCCGAGCCGUGGAUCAAAUCAGCAGCCUUCGCAGCCGCCGACGCAAAAAAACAGCAGCAGUGGCCGCGCCAGAGGUGGCAGGUACGUGCUGUCGGCCCGAGCCCAGGCAGUCCUGACUUGGAUACUCGAGGACAUCAUCGAGAAGACGCUGGAGGACGCGCGGCGUCAAGCCGAAGCCGCGGGCAAGCAACGAGUCGAGCUCGCGGAGGUCGAGGAGGCCCUCAAGCGGCUCUGCGAACGCUAUCACGCGCGCUGGACUGCCGAGACCGAGGCGGCCAAGUCGCGCAAGUCCACGAGCGGCCACAAGCGACUCUAGGACGAGACAUGACCGAGAUCUUUUUACGAGAGAAGAACGUGGUGUGUUGUUGUCCCUGUUUUUUUUUUUUAUAUACUGGAUGACUCGUUUGCCGGAUGAGAGAGAGUUGAGGAGGUGCUUUGAUGGUGGCUCGACUGUAAUGAAGGUGGGCGAGUCACGAAUUUUUUGAUAAAUUUCGAACGAUUCAAUAAACCGUCUUUGUGACUAAUUUAAAACCUCAUCCUUAUGUAAACAUAGUACAGAAAUAAAAGCAUAAUUCCUGGAGAACAAA